AUGGAACCCAGCCUGCUGAGAAGGUGCAUGGAGGCCCUGCUGGUGUACUGCAAGUCAGGGAAGAAGGAGGAGCCCUACGUCACCAUCACCCGCAAGCGCUGGCUGCGGAAAGGCUACGAGGUGGAGAUGGAGCAGGAGGUGGGACACUCGGAGCGCCGGCUGGCCACGCACCGCAACGCUUUCAAACGCAUGGCUGUCAUCCAGGCCUUCCUGGGCUCCACCCCGCAGCUCACCGUCCAGCUCUACAUCAGUGUCUUGGAGAAGUACGUCCCUGUUGCCCGAGCUGUCCUCAUGGCCAUCUGCCUGGUGUCGGUCACCUACGGAGCGCUCGUCUGCAACAUCCUGGCCAUCCAGGUCAAGUACGAUGACUACAAGGUCCAGCUGCGGCCACUGGCCUUCCUCUGCAUCGUGCUGUGGCGCAGCCUGGAGAUCUCCACCCGCGUGGCCGUCCUUGUGCUCUUCAGCACUGUCUUCAAGCACUGGAUCAUCCCCAUUGCCCUGGCCAACCUGCUGGUGGUCUUCUUCUUGCCCUGGGUGCAGUUCUGGCGCAGUGGCACCCACCUGCCCGACAACAUCGAGAAGAACUUCAGCCAUGUAGGCACAGUGGUGGUGCUUUGCGCCUUCACCCUCCUCUAUGCCAGCAUCAACAUGUUCUGCUGGUCGGCCGUGCAGCUCAAACUGGCCGACCGGGACCUCAUCGACAAGUCGCAGAACUGGGGCCGCCUGGCCGUGUACUACGUGGCCCGGCUGGCCGAGAACACGGCCCUCGUCAUCCUCUGGUACUUCUUCAAAACAGACGUCUAUGAGAACGUCUGCACCCCACUGCUGGUAGUGCAGCUGCUCCUUGGCUACUGCCUGGGCAUCUACUUCAUGCUCCUCUUCUUCCAGUACCUGCACCCCUGUCGCCAGCUCUUCCGGCACAACGUCACCGACUUCCUGCACUGUGUCUGCUGCCACCGGCACCCACCAGGGACCCCACUGUGCCUCGAGGCACCCUUUGAGCCCGGUGUGAGGCACAGCAUUGUCUGAGGCACAGCUAGCACCCAUCUCUUCCAGCUGACUGUGGGCAUGGGGAUGGGCAGCACUGGGCUGCACCAGCAGUCGGAGGAUGCUCGCAGCAUGAGCCAGGCACUGCCUGGUCCUGCAGUGGCAGCCAGUACCAGUGUGUCUUCACAGUGACAGGGGGACAGGAAUGUGCUCACCUGCCCAGGACCAUGCAUAUGAACAUGAAGGAGGGUUGACUUGGAUUUGAUACAAGAAAGGAGUUUCUUACAAUGAGAGUGGUGAGGCACUGGCACAGGUUGCCCAGAGAGAUGGUGGACAUCUCAUUCCUGAACAUAUUCAAGGCCAGGUUGGAUGGGGCUCUGAGCAACCUGGUCUAGGUGAAGAUAUCCCUGCUGAUGGCAGGGGAAUUGGACUAGGUGGCCUUUAGAGGUCCCUUCCAAUCCAAACUAUUCUGUGAUUCUACGAUUCAAGGACUUGUGGGGUGCCCAAAUCACCUGCAAGCUGGCUGCUGUGCAGUGCACAGCCCAUGGGGUGCCCCUACACCCCCACCUGCUGCUAGGAUGCAUACUGUGACCUUGGGCCAUGGGUGCCACUGGGACUGUUUUAAGCAGUAAAGAAACUUUGCUGUGGCUG